UGUUAUGAAUCCGCGUCUUCCCCUGUUUAAUAUUUUGUUUCCCAAAUUUCUUGCGUUCAGCUUGGUUUUGUUGAACUGGUUAGAAGAUAUUUCACAGGCCCGUAAGUUCCCCGGCCAACAAUUGCAGAAACUCCGAGUCCUACUUCCAGAUUCCGAUCUCAUUCGGUCUGAAGUCGGCGUCUUCUUCGGCUCCCAUAGAUGUCUUACUGCGUUCUCCUUCAAUCUCUUUUAGUUACCUCGGCGAAAACUAGCAAAACCUAUUUCUGCUGACUCCUCGUCAGCACAAAGCCGAUCUUGGGGGAAUUGAUUGGUCUGGCUUGAAGCUAAUCCCAGAGGAAUCUUUUGAUCGCUAAUUCUUUUUUUUUUUCUGAUGUUUGAGGAUGUGGUAGUGGCAAAACCAUCUCGCCUGCAAUUAACAAACUGGUGAUGCCGCGAUCGUCCAGUUUGUUCUGUAAGAUCUGAAGAAUAUCUAGCAUGGAAAAUAAUAUUAAGGUGUUUGCCAUGACGAUGCUCUGCGUUUUGUUUAUUGCCGUGGCGUCUAAUGCCUCUGAGGUGAAACACCGGGCUUUGGCGGUGGAAGAUAAGGGAGAUGGGAAACCUAAUGAGUCAGAGAAGGUUGCUUCUUCUCCCCCUUCCAUCCCUCGUCCAAUCCAAAACGCAGCUCCAACAGUCCAGGGCCAUCCUUCGCCGCCCCAAUCUAACCAAUCUAUGCCAAAUUCUGACAAAUCCGAUACUUCUAGCUCUAAAAGUUCACCUUUAGUGGAUAGUUCCACCAAAACAGUGCCUCCUCCCGGCCCAGAGAACUUGAACCCGGGAGCAUCCAGCCAGGGAGAGGAUAAUGCUCCUUUGAAUCCUUCUACGAAGGAAAAGCAUAAGGCGUCUGAAACUCCUAAGAAGGAAGGUGAUAAGCCUGUGCAAUCUCCCAUGAAUGAAGGCGAUAAGGCUCCACGGGAUCCAGAGAAGAGAGAAGACAUGGUUUCUCAAGCUCCAACAAAAGAUAAUAUGCCCAAUGGGAGUCAUGAAAUCGUAGAUUCGGAGGGUGAUAAAAGUAAAAAUAAGAGCUGUGAAACUGCUAAUGAUUCAAAUCUUACAUGCCAGAAAGGAGCGUUGGUAGCUUGUCUUUUGCCAUCUGGGAUUGAAUCCACGGAGUUUUUCCUUCUAGUCCAGAAUACCAGAGCAGAUGAUCUGAAUGUGAAUAUCAAAAACCCUAGCAAUAUUAAAAUAGAUUCCACAUUGUUGAGUCUACCAAAGCACAGCAACAAAAAGUUCAAUCUCACAGCAGAUGCCUCAAGGGACCUCAUAAUAACUCUAACUACUGGAGAAGGGGACUGUGUUCUUACAACCAAGACAUCCAUCUCUGAUGGGUUCCAUUUCCAGCAGUUCCCAGCUUAUGCCACGCAGUUGAGACCCAUGCAUGGCGCCUACUUCUUGUUCGCUACCUUCAUCAUCAUCUGUGGAACUUGGGCCUGCUGCAAGUUUGGAAGAACGGAAAAGCGAGUCGAUGCCGGAAUACCCUAUCAGCAGCUUGAGAUGGCUAUGCACACACAACCCUCAUCUGUGACCGCCAAUGAAGUCCCAGCGGACGGCUGGGAUCAGAGCUGGGAUGAUGAUUGGGAUGAUGAGGAGGCUGUUAUUAGAACUGCAGAUAAAAAAGUUACUGAAAGUGUUCCAUCUAAUGGUCUCUCUUCCAGAUCUGCAACUCCUGCUAAAGAUGGCUGGGAAAUUGAUUGGGAUGAUUAGUCUUUUACCUCAAUGAUGGAUUGAAGCAUUAGUUGAUGAGUUUGAAUUGUUGCAGAGGACAAGGGACGGAAGCUUGUAUUGUUAGGCUGUUUAGAAUGGCUUUUUUCUUUAGAGAAAAUGAUUAUUAUUUUUUUAAUUUUAGUAGUUUCUUGUAUUUUUCUUUGUCAGAGGGCUCUGAUGAUGUAUGAUGAAGGGUGAUUAUCAAAUUUAAGGUCCUGAGAUGUUGUAAAUGGUGAAAGAGGAUCCGUCUGGGGCUGUGCUAAGAAAGAAGUCGGCGUGAUAAUUCAUGAUGGUUCUUUCAAUCAGUAAAGAGAGAAUCACAAUGUAUUUUAUGCUUCCAGAUUAAUAAUUUAGAAUAAUUAAAUCUUCAUUAAAUUAGCAUUUUGUCAAAUUAAAGUGUAGUUUGUUAAACAAUCAAAGUGUUCACGUAACCCAUCCUUAUUACGCA